GGCAGCGCGGAGGCCGGCCGCGUACGCUCCGCCCUCUUUGGCCCGGACCCAAUCUCCAGGGACUAAAAAUAUUGCCCGGAGGCUCCUGAGCGCAAUCAGAUCGCGUUAAGUAGGACGCAGCCCGAGGAGACAGAGCUUUUCAGCACCAGGGCCCGAAGAGCAGACUCCAGAAAGCGGUCCCGCCCACGCGCGUUCAGCAGCUAGCGUCCUCCCUCCUCCGGCAGCUUGUGCUGAGAGGAAACAGAACUCCUGUCCUACAGACCAACCCCAGAUAUAUGUGCUACUUAUGUGUUGGGAGUCGCAGCCAAGAUUUGGUACUUGAAAGCUUGCUUGCUUGUUUACCCAGAGUCAGGCAAGUAGGUGCUCCUUGGGAAUCUACUGAGCAUUUGCUAGGAAGACCAACAGAGGAUUUUGCAUGUCAGAGCUACAGGUGGUGUCUCUCCUGCCAGGAACGUGCCUGGGUCAGCAUGAAGCUGAAAAAGCAAGUGACGGUGUGCGGGGCUGCUAUCUUCUGUGUGGCCGUCUUUUCUCUGUACCUUAUGCUGGACAGAGUGCAACACGAUCCUGCCAGACACCAGAAUGGUGGGAACUUCCCCAGGAGCCAAAUUUCUGUGCUACAGAACCGGAUUGAACAACUGGAACAACUGCUGGAGGAAAACCAUGAGAUCAUAAGCCAUAUCAAGGACUCUGUACUGGAACUGACAGCCAAUGCGGAGGGCCCACCAGCCCUGCUGCCCUACCACACGGCCAACGGCUCCUGGGCUGUACUCCCGGAGCCCCGGCCCAGCUUCUUUUCUGUCUCCCCCCAGGACUGCCAGUUUGCUUUGGGGGGCCGGGGUCAGAAGCCAGAACUACAGAUGUUAACUGUGUCUGAGGAUCUGCCAUUUGACAAUGUGGAGGGUGGAGUGUGGAGGCAAGGCUUUGACAUCUCCUACAGCCCGAACGACUGGGACACUGAAGACCUGCAAGUGUUUGUGGUGCCUCACUCACACAACGAUCCAGGCUGGAUCAAGACUUUUGACAAGUACUACACGGAACAAACCCAGCACAUCCUCAACAGCAUGGUGUCCAAGCUGCAGGAAGAUCCCCGACGGCGCUUUCUCUGGGCAGAAGUCUCCUUCUUCGCCAAGUGGUGGGACAACAUCAGUGCCCAAAAAAGGGCAGCAGUUCGAAGGCUGGUGGGAAAUGGGCAGCUGGAGAUUGCAACAGGUGGAUGGGUGAUGCCAGAUGAGGCCAACUCCCACUACUUUGCCUUGGUUGACCAACUCAUCGAGGGCCACCAGUGGCUGGAGAGAAACCUGGGUGCGACACCACGCUCAGGCUGGGCAGUGGACCCCUUUGGACACAGUUCUACCAUGCCUUACCUGCUGCGCCGUGCCAACCUGACCAGCAUGCUGAUUCAGAGGGUGCAUUAUGCCAUCAAGAAGCACUUUGCUGCCACUCACAGCCUGGAGUUCAUGUGGAGGCAGAUGUGGGAUUCAGACUCCAGCACAGACAUCUUCUGCCACAUGAUGCCCUUCUACAGCUACGAUGUCCCACACACCUGCGGCCCUGACCCCAAGAUCUGCUGCCAGUUUGAUUUCAAACGUCUGCCGGGUGGGAGAAUCAAUUGCCCUUGGAAGGUGCCACCACGGGCUAUUACAGAGGCCAACGUGGCAGACAGGGCAGCCCUGCUCCUGGACCAGUACCGGAAGAAGUCUCGGCUGUUCCGAAGCAAUGUCCUCCUUGUGCCAUUGGGUGAUGACUUCCGGUAUGACAAGCCCCAGGAAUGGGAUGCCCAGUUCUUCAACUACCAGCGGCUCUUUGACUUCCUCAACAGCAAGCCUGAGCUCCAUGUGCAGGCCCAGUUUGGGACCCUCUCUGAGUAUUUUGAUGCCCUGUAUAAGAGGACAGGAGUAGAGCCUGGUGCCCGGCCUCCAGGGUUUCCUGUGCUGAGUGGGGACUUCUUCUCCUAUGCUGACCGGGAGGACCACUACUGGACAGGCUAUUACACCUCCCGGCCUUUCUACAAGAGUUUGGACCGAGUACUAGAAGCCCACUUGCGUGGGGCAGAGGUUCUAUACAGCCUGGCUUUGGCUCAUGCCCGCCGUUCUGGACUGGCUGGCCAGUAUCCGCUGUCUGAUUUUGCUCUUCUGACGGAAGCUCGGCGCACACUGGGCCUCUUCCAGCACCACGAUGCCAUCACCGGAACUGCCAAGGAGGCAGUAGUAGUAGACUAUGGGGUCAGGUUGCUGCGUUCCCUGGUCAGCCUAAAGCAGGUCAUCAUCAAUGCUGCCCACUACCUGGUGCUGGGGGACAAGGAGACCUACAGCUUUGACCCUGGGACACCCUUCCUCCAAAUGGAUGACAGUCGUGUAAGUCACGAUGCCCUGCCUGAGCGCACCGUGAUCCAGCUGGACUCCUCACCCAGGUUUGUGGUGGUAUUUAACCCGCUGGAACAGGAACGGCUCAGUGUGGUGUCCCUGCUGGUGACCUCGCCCCGGGUGCGAGUCCUUUCAGAGGAGGGUCAGCCCCUGGCCGUGCAGAUCAGUGUGCACUGGAGCUCGGCCACUGACAUGGUCCCUGAUGUCUACCAGGUGUCAGUGCCUAUCCGCCUGCCAGCCCUGGGCCUGGGUGUGCUACAGCUGCAGCCAGAUCUUGAUGGCCCCUACACGCUGCAGUCUUCCGUGCGUGUCUACCUGAACGGUGCGAAACUGUCCGUCAGCAGGCAAACAGCAUUCCCUCUCCGUGUUGUGGACUCCGGCACCAGCGACUUCGCCAUCAGCAAUCGCUACAUGCAGGUCUGGUUCUCCGGCCUUACUGGGCUUCUCAAGAGCAUCCGCCGGGCGGAUGAAGAGCAGGAGCAGCAGAUAGACAUGAAGUUCCUCGUCUAUGGCACCCGUACAUCCAAGGACAAGAGUGGCGCCUACCUCUUCCUGCCUGACAGCGAGGCUAAGCCCUACGUCCCUAAGAAACCUCCUGUGCUGCGCAUCACUGAAGGCCCUUUCUUCUCAGAGGUGGCUGUGUAUUAUGAGCACUUUCACCAAGUGAUUCGACUUUAUAACCUGCCAGGGGUAGAGGGGCUGUCUCUGGACAUGUCAUUCCAGGUAGACAUCAGGGACUAUGUGAACAAGGAGCUGGCCCUGCGCAUCCACACAGACAUUGACAGCCAGGGUACUUUCUUCACAGAUCUCAAUGGCUUUCAGGUCCAGCCCCGGCAGUAUCUGAAGAAAUUGCCUCUGCAGGCUAAUUUCUACCCUAUGCCAGUCAUGGCCUACAUCCAAGAUUCCCAGAGGCGUCUCACGCUGCACACUGCUCAGGCUCUGGGAGUCUCCAGCCUCGGGAACGGCCAGCUUGAAGUAAUCUUGGAUCGAAGGCUGAUGCAGGAUGACAACCGGGGACUCGGCCAAGGGCUCAAAGACAACAAGAUCACCUGCAACCGGUUCCGGCUCCUGUUAGAGCGUCGAACCACGAUGAGCCAUGAGGUCCAUCAGGAGCAGGAGCGCUCUACAAGCUACCCGUCCCUCCUCAGCCACCUGACUUCCAUGUACCUCAACACACCGCCUCUUGUCUUACCCGUGGCAAAGAGGCAGGGUGCCAGCCCCACGCUGCACUCUUUCCACCCGCUGGCUUCUCCACUGCCCUGUGACUUCCAUCUGCUCAAUCUGCGCACACUCUCAGCCGAGGACACCUUGCCCGCAGCUGAUACUGCUCUCAUCUUACACCGCAAGGGGUUUGACUGUGGCCUUGAAGCUAAGAAUCUGGGCUUCAACUGUACCACAAGCCAAGGCAAGCUGUCCCUGGGGAGCCUCUUCCAUGGCUUAGAUGUGACAUUCCUGCAGCCAACUUCUUUGACUUUGCUAUACCCUCUGGCCUCACCCUCCAACAGCACUGACAUCUCUCUGGAGCCCAUGGAGAUCGGCACCUUCCGCCUGCGCUUGGGUUAGAUUAGGGCUUCUUGUGGCCUGAAGACAAAAGUUCAUCCACAGAGACUGCCUCCUAACACCAAGAUUGAGAUGGACAAGCCACACUAAGUAUCACAUCCGUGCUGCCUCAGAACUGACAGACUGUGCUCUGCCCUUGCUGCUUCUGUGUUUGGGACAGCCCUUACAUCAGCAGAUGGCAGAUGCACUGAGACAAGGGAGAGGAGGCUCUUUCCUUGGGUUGUGAGUAGGUGCCCAGCUGGUACAGCCUGGGCUCCCAUCCUUUUCCCAAAAUGGGAUUUAGAAAGAGUGGGGACAAACAGAAGAGGUCAAGGAGGCUGAGGGGAACAACCUCGCGCCAGGUGACUGCAGCUAUGAGCUUGUUCUACGGGGUCAUAUGAACCCCACAGGGCUGGUAUGAGGGUACAGGAGCAGGGUGAUUCUGGGAGAAGAUGGAUAGGCACCCAUUAUUAGUGGAGUAAAGGCAUGGAAGGAGUCCCUGUUUCUCCUAAGAGCCUAAAGGCUUUGCUGCUUUCUGUUCUGGCUCUGCUCUAAGUGCCCCCCAGGCCUGUUUGCCCUGGCUGGGGGCUGCUGGGUGGCAGGAAGGGCUUGCUUGAGUCUCUCUCAUCCAGAGGCCACAGAACACCUCAGGUACUAGCACCAGUUCUCAGCUGGUCAUGUGGUGUUGGUUUGUGGCAGGGGUAGGGAGUGUCCCCACCUUACCUGCUUCCUUGUCUCACACACUCCCUACAAGUUCCCAUCAUGGGGACCCUGGCAGGGUUCCUUUCUCUAGAAGGGAAGGCAGAGCCUCCGAGACCCCUGUGCUUGGGCAUCUUGGGAAGGCAUCCUGUGCUGCGUCCCCUGGCAGAUUGGGGAGGUUCACUCGUGUUCCACCUAGAAGUAUUACCUGCCCAGUGUGUGGAUGAGGAAGACGGAGACAAAACUAGGAGGCCACAUGCUUCAAUGAGCCUUCAUUUUCCUUCAGUCAAUAGAGAAUCUGUCUAUAAAUCUGUCUAAAAAAAGCCAAGUUCCAUCUUUAUGAAAACUUAGUAAGCCAAGACUAGAAAGAAGCACUGUAAUCCAGAUAAAAGUCUCUGUCACCAGUGACCAAAGGCACCGAAGAAUCAGACAGUGUAGGCAUUCCCGAGAGUCAGAAAGCAUGUCCUGGUGUCACUCACCCAUAUUCCAGAUGGAGACAGGAAUUAUAAUUGCCAUUGUUUUAAAACUAUAAGCUACCUAAGAAACCUGUGUCAGCCGAAGACCUAGCAAGGCAUUCCGUGAGUUGCGCUGUAAAGACUGGUUCUCCCCAAAUCAACCCAUAAAAACCAAUGCAACUCCCACGAGAUUGGAUACUUUUUGGAAUUCUGCAGGUUCUGGCAUUCAUCUGGAAGAUGACAAGCUGAGGAUGUGAAGUAGUUCUGAAUGGCCGCGGUGACGUAUGGCUGGUGACGCUAAGGCGGGCAACAGGCAGUCAACAGAGUUCUCAAAGGACUUGGACUCUCUGCCAGUGUGAAUUUAGCCACCAUGAUCUAUCAGGUCAGACAGACCUAGGCACAGAGAAAUUUACUAUAUGAUUUCAAGUGCAGGGGAGGGGAGAUGGAUUAUUUAAUAGUGCUUUGAGACAACUAGCUACCUGAGAGACUUCUAUAUCAGUUUCCAAAACAAAACCAAAAAACCUAGGGCUAGAGGGAAAAAGCAAAGGAAACCAUCAAAAUUAUUAUUGUUAUUAUUAUUAUUGUUAUCAUUAUAAUUAUUAAUUAUUUGAGUCUCACUAUGUACCUCUGGCUAUGCUGGAGCUCACUGUGUAAACCAAGCAGGCCUGGAAAUCAAGAGAUCCCCACCUGUCUCUGCUUCCUGAAUGCUGGGACUAAAGGCAUGUGCCAUCACACCUGGAAAGAAAAUAUUUUUAUAAGGAAGGCCUUUUCUAGACAUAACAUGAAACCUAAUACAUAAUGGGGGGAAAGAUAGAAAAAUAAGUUUUGCCAACACACACACACACACACUCUCACACACAAAGCUUGAAAGCAUGCUAUAGGGAACAGGUUAAUCAAUACAGCUGUGUGGGUGGGAAAGCAUCUGCAGUGAGUACAGUCACUGCAGGAGAAAAGCGUGUUUUGACUUCUCAGAGAACGUCACUCGGGUCUGUCGGGCAGCAUCCAAAGAUUGAAUGCUGACAUUUUGGAAUUUGGAAUUCUGACAGGGCUAAGUUCUUGCAGGUUCUCCAGAGUUUUUGCUGCUGGGCUCAGGCCACAUGGCUUCCUACUCAUGUCUUGGCGACAGUAAUAAGAUGAAGAGUGGGGAACACUUAGCAUAGAGUGGGGCUGUGGACAAGCUCCACAGUGUGAGCCCAAACACGGUAGCAAGCAUAUGUGUUAUUUACUAGUUUAUGCUUUGUAAUCAAAUGACAGACGACGCUGUGAACCCCUAGGAGCUUCGCAGAAUAAAGUAUAUUCUUUGGAGGUCAGA